AUGUCUGCUUCAAUCAACCUCUCCAUUGUUUUCGUGAUCGUAGCAGUAUUGUCCUUAUCAAGCAUAUCGACAAGCCAUGCUGCUCGUAGCUUACUGCAACUUCCCAAUUUGCCUACGAUCCCUUCAUUGCCUCAACCAACAUUACCAAAAAUUCCAAACUUUCCCACAACAUUGCCACCAUUACCAAGUGUUGCAUCUUUGCCAACAGCUAAUUCACCUUUACCAUCUUUGCCCUCUGUAGUCCCGAAAAUGACUCUGCCUCCAAUGCCCGCGAAUCCUCUGCCCAACAUGCCAUCACUUCCCAAAAUUCCUACAAUUCCAACACUUACACCUCCUCCAUCCAACUAA